CUUUUUCCGGGCCUAGCAAAACGAUAACAUUGCUGAAGUCUGAAAGACGAAAAGGAGAACGUGUUAGUCGAAAAUAAAAUAAUUAUUGAAAUCUCUCAGACGUUGCAUUAACAAAUAUGUUGGAAGACCUCAGUAUCAGCGUCUGAAGACUGUUUACGGCAUGUCCUUUGUUUACUAAACACACAUUAGCCAACUGAGCCCAGCGCUGAUUAGGUGUCCUCUGCACAUUGUAUGAGCAAGAUCAUUCACCAUGGAAACCGAAGCAGAGGUUAUUCCUAUUUGGCAGAACAAGCCUCAUGGGUCGACUCGCAGUGUGGUGAGGAGAAUAGGCUCUAUUGUACCCAUGAAACCACCGCCCAGGGCAUGUUUCCAGGAACUUCCAGGUCUCCCUCCUCUGCGGCCCAUGGAUGGCCCCACGGUGCCCACACUGGCAGACAUUGCCUGGAUCGCAGCAGAUGAGGAGUCUGAGACCUAUGCCAGAGUGCGGAGUGAUUCACGCCCUCUUAGACAUGAGUGGCGACCCACGCCUCUCCUGGUUAUGCACAGAAACUCCUCUGUUCCCAACUUCCGCCGCGACGUCAAGAAGGUGGAGACGCUGAGGAAGCCUGCGGUGACGGCCAUGAACCGUACCACCUCCCUGCAGGAUGAGCUGAGCAGACUCCGCUCCCAGAUCGCCAAGAUCGUAGCCACAGAAUCUGGCUCCAACCCCUUGACCCCUGACCUCCUGUCCCCCGACGACACCAGCAUGAGCUUUUCCAUGGCGCCCUUCGAGACGGCGCCCUACCAGCCCGCCGCCUCAGCCUCCUUCGUCAUCAGCGAUGUGACGGAAGAGGAAGAGGAGGAAGAUGAGGAGGAGGAUGUGGUGUCUGUGGUUUCGGAGCUUAUGCCGGACCCCAUGCCGCCCGCAAACAUGUCUGCCUCCAUGACGGCCUCGGCGACCUUUGACCUGGACCAUCCCAGCAUGGACUUCCGGGAGGCGGAGGAGGACACAGUGUCGCUGUCCAAGUCCACCAGCUUUGCUGACGUCAUGGACAUCCUGAAGGACAUGAACCGCAUGAAGAUGAGUAAGGACAGGUGCAACAGAGGCUGCACCUCCCUGAUGGGGGAGUCGGACUCCGCCUCGCUGAUCUCCGAGGCCUUGAGGAAGAAGUUUACCCUGAAGGAUGAAGACAUCAGGGGGAUGAAGAAACACAACUAGAGCCCCCGUAGUCCUCCACCUCCCCACGCCUGUGCCUGACGACCCAGUCCCGUGGAGACCCGGCUGCACCUCAUCAACCGUGGCAACGGUUAAACCAGAUGUCUGGAAAAACAAACCACCACCUCCCAGCAGGCCCAGUCAGUCUGAACCCAACCAAAUCUAAACCAUACCCUAGCUAUUAAAAAUAUUGCCAAGUCAGACCAUGGUAGCAGCUGGCUGAUAGGCACUAUUAGAUGGGUGCUGUUUGACGUAGCACAGAGAAUUUUCAACCAACCUUAACUUGUCGAUUCUUCCUCAAUUCCAGACUUGGAAGACAACUAAUGUCUUUUAAAAGUCCAUGUCUAGUUUCAGGGGGUUUGAAUUUAGAAAAAUCUAUUUUGUCUGCAACCCAUUAAUAAUGAUUAAAAAGAAAAGUCAAAAGGUUUGACAGCAGUACCAUAUAAAAUGCAAGUCAGUUGGGAACAGGUUUUUGAUGUCCCAUACCUUGGCAUCGAGUCUAUGAACUGACAUAUAAAACAAUUAUUGACAUCAAUCUGUUAAUUUUAAUUUAAGCUAUUAUAUAAAAUACUUACUACAAAAGAAUGAUCAAUAUAUGGGGCAUUGGACAGUCAGCCUUGUGCACCCUCUGUCACGAGGAAACAGAAUCAAUAGAACAGUCAGCCUUGUGCAGACUCUGCCACAAGGAAACAGAAUCUAUAUAAUGUGUUCUGGUACUGUCCAUCAGUGGCUCGCUUUUGGAGUCAGGUCCAGGAAUGGUUAUGUCAUAUCAGGGUUCAGAUGGACAUGCCGACUAUUGUUAUGGCAUCGGAACAACCACGAUCAGUCAAUGGGGAAAUAUCAUUGUAGUCUUGGGUAAAGUAUUUACUUUCAAGGCAAUAUCGGUAGAAAUGUUACAAAUAGGGAGGUUCAGGAGCCUCGUAAGACAUCACAGUAAAAUGGAGGGAUGUAUUGCAAAAGGAAAUUGCUAAAUGGCGUUAUACUGUGAAAGAUGGGUUAAUCUGUGGACACCGGAGGGCUGGAGUUAAGAUCACAAUGAAUGAUGGAUUGAAAAUCCAGCACUUGAAGAAAGAGUAAAUUAGAAAUAUAAAUGUAUAGUUAUUUAAUGACAGGUACCGUAGAUGUGAGCGAAACAGCUGUAAAUAGCAGAAGUAUUGUAGUCGGUUUAUUCCAAUCAGAGUAGGGAAAUUAACAAAUAAGGAGAUUGGAAAUGAUGCAGACAAUUUAAUGGAUAGAACCUACAAUCUAUCUGCAAUAUUAAAGCUGAUCUACCCCCCCCCCAAAAAAAGAAAAGUGAAUUCAUGUUUUGCUCCAUGAGGUAAUCCAACAAUGUGUACACUGCCAUCGUGCUCAUCUUCUCUCAUUGAUUAAGUCAGGUGGGUGUCCACCCUGUAGUGCCGCAUGUCAUGAUGAAACWCACAUGACUUUGAAAUAGUCAAGAUGGUGGCGUACACAUUGUUGGAUUACUUCAUAGAUCAAAAAAUGUAUAACAGCAUAUUCUAAAUUCAAACGAACCCCCUGCAACUAGAUAUGGAUGUUUUAGAAUACAUUUGGUCUUCCAAGUCAGGAAUUGAGGAAGUCUCGCCAAGUAAACGUUGGUUGAAAAUUCUAUGUGCUAUGCCAAACAGUACCUAACCUGUAACGGCUGAUGGAGCGUCACAUUAGCCAUUACAAUAUGCUAGCUAAACCACACCCCUCCUGUUAUUCAAUCAACACUCUGUUUACACUCACUGUCUGCUCCCACACACCUUCCAAAAAGGUAGAUUCCUUAUCCCAUUGCUUCAGGAGCAACGUCAUGGCAACGUGAUUUUGUGGGUGCUGUAUAACAUGCCCUACAGAUUCACCUACUUUGAUGGCUCUCGCUAAUCACCAGACUGACUCCAGUGCUGCCUAGUCAUCUUUUUAUGUACAGGCUGGGGUUUCUCUAGGAUAUAGUACCUGUCCUAGUACCACGAGAGAAACCAUUUCCCACUUCUUUUUUUGUUGACAAGCUUAGACUUUGAACAGUAGAAUUGUGGAUGGAUGCAUUUGUUGGAGUGGGAUAGUUGUAUUUUUUUCUCAUUUUGUUUCUGUAUAGUCGUGAUAAUACAUACUUGAAGUUGUAUGUACAAAUAAGACUGCGGAGAGUAACGGAUUACUACAAAACACUUAAUACUCUGUUCAUUUACAGCUAAAAAUCUCACGUUUUUCAGUGUAUAGUUGCAUUAGAAAUACAAUAAUGACCUUGCGGUCAUAGUCAAUGUGUACAACAUAGGUUUAUUUAUUUGCAGUCUUCUUCAGGACCUACUCAUUUAACCCAUUGCAUCAAUACGAGAGAACUUUAUUGCUGGCCUUGGGGGUAAUGACUCUCAGAAUUGAGCUUGAUUGAUGGCCCUUUGGUAAACAUGAUACAGAUAAAUAAAUCCCAAUUAAAAUCAGUGGACGGCCAUGGCUAAAUAUGAAUGAUAUGUUUUUGAUGUGUAGUCUUCGGACUUGUGUGAUACAAGGAAAGCUUGGAAGACUUAUACACCUACGGUAAAAUGUGAAUGAAAGUUCUCUUUCCUUGUGUGAUGUUGAGCUAUAUCUGCCUGUUAAGACACCAGAGAACAACUGUACAGGUUUUUUUAUGUAGAUACAAAAUGUCAGAUUUCCCUAUGGUGUAGAAUGCGUGGCUCUUGGGAAUGUGACAAUGUGCAUGUUUACUGUCACGAUACACUAAAAGAAAUGAGUAUGAGUGA